AGUAUUUACGGUUCAAUCUGGCAUUGCAUUCAUGGCCGAAUAAUCAGACGAUAACCUUACACGCAGGUAGCUACCUACAUCAUCACAGCUACCCCUCCGACAUCGGCUAUCGGCUCAAUAUACACAUACCUUGAAAGGAAUCAUUUGAUGACAGUCAGAAUUUUAUGAAACCAUCAACAUAAUGCUCGAAGCAUUCAAGCAGCGUCAAAAUGUACAGCCUGACGAGGAGGCCGGCAGAGACAACUGGUCAUCAGAUGUAUUGUUUCAACUCCAUCCCCAUCCCAACAACCAAACAAACACAAACUAACCUAACUCAGGUCUACUCGGCAGCCGCCUCCUUUGUCCCCAAACUAACGACCAAAGUCCUCUCCUACCUCAACGCAAACCCGGACGACACAAUCCUCGACAUCGGCUGCGGCGACGGCCACCUCACCCACAUCAUCCACCACUCCCUCGCCAGCCCAUCCCGCAUCACCGGCCUCGACGCCUCUCCCUCCAUGAUCACAUCCGCCCGCAAAUCGUACCCAUCCAUCCCCUUCCUUGUCCAAGACUGCACCAACCUCGCAGACUACAUAUCCGCCCACCCCACCACCACCACCACCCGCGGCGCAUACACGAAAGUCUUCUCCAACGCCGCCAUGCACUGGAUCCUCGCGGCCCCAGACACGCGCGCGGCCUUCUUCAGCAACGUCCACGCUCUACUUGCGCCGGGGGGCAAGUUCGUGUUCGAGAUGGGGGGCGCAGGGAAUGUGGCCGAGGUGCAUGCGACAGCGAUGGCUGCGCUGCGAGCGCAUGGCGUGGGGCUGGCGGAUGCGCGGGCGGCGUCGCCGUGGUUCUUCCCGUCGGAUGUGUGGAUGCGGAACGCGUUGGCGGAGGCUGGGUUUGUGGUCGAGAAGGUUGAGACCGAGUGCCGACCGACGCAGUUGACGCAGAUGAAUGAUGAGGGGUCGGGAGGGCUGGAAGGGUGGAUUAAGCUCAUGUGCGCCGACUACAUUGCUGUCGUGGACGAGACGAAGAGGGCAGAUGUGGUGCAAUGGAUGAUGGAGGUACUGGAGCCGGUGAUGAAGCGAGAGGAUGAGAGCUGGUGGAUAGGGUAUGUGCGACUGAGAGGAGUUGCACGUAAAGGGAUUUAGCUUUGGGCAAAAAUUUAUUGCGGACAGCUGUGAGCGUGUCCGACAUAUACUAUACAUUCCAGUGAUUGUAAGGAGAGCCAAGACAAGAAAUCCCAAUCAUACAAUAGACUCGUCUUGCGGUUGGUGACAGUUUACCUCGAUAUUCCUCCCAUUCACGUGAUUCCGACUUCCUCAUUCCUCAUGUCUAUCCUCCUUCCCCAUUUCCGGUGCCCAGGAUGUUUCACAUACGUAAGAUUCCUUCUCUUAUCGGGACUCUUCGCCACAAAUCCGUAAGGCUCCUGAUUCUCGGCACCGGCGCCCGACGCGGCGCUUAGAACCCGUCUCCCCCGUUCUGGACGGGGUAUCCGAAGGCGCUGGCAUCCUGCCCUUC